AUGCCACCCAAACUCAAAGACCCGGGUAGUUUUUCUAUCCAUUGUGCUAUUAAGGAGCUUGAAAUAAGCAAUGCCUUGUGUGAUUUGGGUGCUAGCGUUAGUCUAAUGCCUUAUUCGGUGUUCGCCAAGCUUGAAGUUGGUGAUCUUGUCCCAACUAAGAUCACCGUGCAACUUGUCGACCGUUCGGUCAAGUACCCUAUUGGCAAGGUUGAGGAUGUACCCUUGAGAGUUGGUGGCCUAGUGAUCCCCGUCGAUUUUGUAGUCCUAGACAUAGAUGAGGAUGUGCAUGUCCCUAUUGUUAGGUUACGAUACAUAUGA